UCGCCGUGCUUGAAAUUUUUUCGGAUCGAUGUUGUAUUUAGACAUAAAAAGAAUUUUUAUUAUUCAGUUAUUCACUGCCUGUUGACCCGGCUAUAUCGACGAUAAAUUAUAUUCAUAUUUUUCACCAUUCUUUUCUUAGUCAAAUUCGGUGUGUGUUUUUGGUUGUAAUUCGUGGCUCGUGAUAUCAAUUUCGCUUUGUUUUUGUGUUACGCUUUCUUGUGAAUAAUUAUGGCGUGUAAGAAGUUCUUAAGUCUUAAUAAUGGAUUACGCAUGCCCGCUUUAGGCAUUGGUACUUGGAGGGCGCCAGAUAACGAAAUGGAGGCUGCGUUAGAUGAAGCCCUAAAAGCUGGUUACCGUCACAUCGAUGCUGCACCGGUUUAUUUGAAUGAAAAAGCGAUUGGCCGCGUACUAAAGAAAUGGUUAGAUUCUACGAAUGUUAAGCGCGAAGACCUGUUCAUAACGACAAAGUUGCCACCGCCAGGUAACCGAGCCAGUUGUGUAGAAAAAUGUUUGCGGCAAUCUCUGGAUGAUUUACAGUUGUCGUAUGUUGAUAUGUACUUAAUACACACUCCGUUCGGAGUGCCAGAAACUGAUGGUGAUUUUCAGCGUCACGCCAAUGGUGAUAUUGUACUCGAUUUGGAUACGAAUCAUGUUGAAACGUGGAAGAAAAUGGAAGAAAUGGUCAAGGCCGGAUUAACCAAGAGCAUUGGUGUGUCCAAUUUCAAUAAAAAACAAAUUCAACGUUUGAUCGACAAUUCAACGAUAAAGCCAGCAAAUAAUCAAGUUGAAGUUCACGUUUAUUUGCAACAACACGAUUUAAUCAAUUUUUGCAAGGAAAAUAAUAUCGUUGUUACCGCUUACGCUCCACUUGGUUCGAAGGGCAUUGAAGAUCUGAAUAAGAUGGCCGGAUAUGAACGCGCCAUUCCCAAUCUGCUAGAGAAUAGCGAUGUAAUCGGCAUUGCAAAUCGUCUCGGUAAAACUCCGGCGCAAAUUUUACUAAAAUGGAUUCUGGAAAGAGGAGUGGCGGCGAUCCCUAAAAGUACAAAUCCAACCAGACUCCGUCAAAAUUUGGAUAUUUUCGAUUUUACGCUGUCACAGGAGGAUAUGACGAUUCUCAAAGGAUUGGAUAAGGGGAUACGGGUGUGCGAUUUUGGAUUUUUCCAGGGAAUGACCCAACAUCCAGAAUUUCCAUGGUAGAAUGGCCAACAUAAACCAUAUGAAAUGCAAAAUACAUCGAUAAAUCAAGCACAAAAAUAUAAAUUUUUAUUUUCAAUAAAAAGUAAUGAAUAAAAGAGGUAGGUUAAUAACAAUUUAUAAUCGUAUUUGGUUAUAAACAAAAAGUGUUUUACAAUUUUUAAAAUUAGUGUUAUCGUUUUGUAUUGAUUUUCAUUUUCUAUGUCGAUUUAUUUAUAACUAUUAAAGCACAAUACAAAUGUUUGACAAAUAAAAA